AUGAGGCUAGUAAUUUGUGUUGAUGGAAGUCAUUUGAAGGGCCAAUAUAAGGGAACACUACUAGUAGCUGCAGUGCAAGAUGUUAACCUACAAAUAUAUCCUCUUGCGUGGAGUGUUGUCGAUGGGGAAACAAAUGCAUCGUGGUAUUGGUUCUUUGCAAAGUUAAAAGAUGUCGUUGAUGAUUCAAACCAGCUAGUGUUUGUGUCGGACAGGAAGAAGAGGGGAUGCGAUGCAUACCGUGUAUCGGAAUUUGAUCAGUUCAUGACACAGAUAAGAACCAUUCGACCGUCAAUGGCAUCGUACUUGGAACGUGCCGGUAUAUCCACCUGGUCACAGGCACAUUUUGUUGGUAAUCGGUACAACGUUAUGACGAAUAACAUUGCGGAGUCACUGAAUUCAGUCCUAAGGCUACAAAGAAGUUUCCCUAUAAUCUCGUUGAUCGAAAAUAUUACGUCAUUGAUGCAACGAUGGUUCUACGAGAGAGAAAGUGCAUCCACGAAAUGUAGUACGACUGUGACACCAAAAAUUGAUGAUGAAUUGAGAAAAUCAUUCGAUGCCGGUGUAACUUUAGCAGUACGAAAUUUGGACGAACUCGUUUUUGAGGUAGGAAUAGCUACCGAACUUUGUACUGUCGACCUUAAAGGUAACACAUGUUCAUAUUGA